UGUGUUCUCGGGCGGCUCCCGGUGCUCCGGUGUUGGGGCUGGGCCGCAUCCAGUGACCGGAGGUGGUCCGCUAUGGAAGAGUCCGGCCGGCAGAAUGCGUUGGGGGAGCUGCUGGAGGAAUUCUCCCGGGCACAGUUCCGGGCUAAGGACAGCGGAGGGAAGGUGGAUCGGAUUGAGAGGCGAUGUCUGGAGCUUUUUGGCAAAGACUAUUCAUACAGUAUCAUCCAGAACCCCAAUGGCGAGCUUUGCAGCCACUAUCCCCGGCAGAUCGUUUUCCUGGAGUACGAAAGCACGGAAGAUGACAAAAACAUGUUUGAAAGCACAGUGCAAGUUGGCAAGCUGCAGGACCUCAUCAACCGCAGUAAGAUGGCGCGAUGCAGAGGUCGUUUCGUCUGCCCGGUUAUUCUCUAUAAGGGGAAGCACAUCUGCAGGUCGGCGACCCUGGCUGGAUGGGGAGAGUUGUAUGGAAGAACCGGGUAUAAUUACAUUUUCUCAGGGGGCUCUGAUGAUGCCUGUGCUGAUACAGAGGUAGCGGAUGAUGAUGAUGCUGCGGCGGCCAGAAACGGGGAUUCACAGUUUGACAAGGUGGGGGGUCAUGACAUCAAAUUGUUAAAAUACCUCUCCGUGCGAUAUAUCUGCGACUUGAUGGUGGAGAAUAAGAAAGUGAAGUUUGGAUUAAAUGUCACCUCCUCCGAAAAAGUGGAUAAAGCUCAACGUUAUGCAGACUUCACUCUUCUGUCUAUCCCAUAUCCAGGCUGUGAAUUUUUUAAAGAUUACAAAGACCGGGACUAUGCUGCAGAAGGCCUGGUUUUUAACUGGAAGCAGGAUUAUGUAGAUGCUCCUUUGAAUAUUUCUCCCUGCUUGACGAGGAACUUAAAUAUUGAUUGGAGGGAAUACCAGAGUUGGGACUUGGUGAAGCAGACCCAGAACUAUCUGAGGCUUCUUAUUCAUAUAAUCAAUGGCGAUGAUAGCAGCGGGUUGUUGGUGCACUGUAUCUCUGGGUGGGAUCGUACGCCGCUGUUUGUUUCCCUCUUGAGGCUGUCUCUGUGGGCGGAUGGCAUGGUUCAUAACUCCCUGGAGCCUGCUGAGAUUCUUUACCUGACUAUAGCCUAUGAUUGGUUCCUCUUUGGGCAUAUGUUGGCUGAUCGUCUUAGCAAAGGUGAAGAAAUCUUCUUUUUCUGCUUCAAUUUUCUGAAGCACAUCACUUCGGACGAGUUCUCCUCGUUGGGGAGGAAAUCGCGGUAA